AUCAUUAGUAGUGGUGGAGAUAACGUGGGAAGUUGCACGUUGACGAUGGAUUUGCACUUCCGUAUUUUUCGUAAACAAAACGCAAGAUAGGCUUUGUCUUUACUUUAGUGCUUAUCUCAUUUCCGCAACGAAAAAGCCCAUUCUUUUACGCUCUUAUUUCGUGAAGACCCAAGCUCGAAAUUAGUUUACUUCCGUCAAUAAUCCUUUAGUUACUAGCGAGUGGUCUCCUCGCCUCACACAGUUCACUCGUACUCGCCAACCCCAGCUCCGUCGCGUCGCCAACUGACGAGUUUCGUUGAGAAUCCCGACCACUGUGGGGGUGAUGCAGAUUGUAAUGUAAGCGAGUUCAUUAAAAAUCUUGCCAAAAUGGAUUCAAGGGAAGCACUAGUAAGACAAAGAAAGAAUGUCCAAUCUGACAAGGGUAAGACGUCUGUUGAUUCUCACCAAACUGAGCCAGCUAAAAAAGAUCAUGGGAAAGAAGACUUGAUUCAAGAUGAUGAUGCUGUCGAUGGUGUAGAUUGGAAAUGUGGGAUGGUAAUUCUGCUUCUCGUAUUUGCGAUUGUGUUUUUAGGCAGCAUGACUCUUGGAUCUAGAUUUGCCCUUCCAAUCUCUCUAUUUAGCAGAGCGAACGUGAAUGAUCAACCAAUGGGACAAAUGGAACAGAAAUCAAAUCCAAUGUUUCGGGACCAAAAACCAAGUGAAAGUCGUUCGUUUCUUCAAGGUCAUGAUGAUAGUCAUGUCUGGGAAGCUAAUGAUGAUGAAAUCUCAAUGGAUGAAAUUCUGGAGCAUUCCAAAGAUCAGAGGAUAAAUGGAAAGGCGAAAUUGAAGGAAGAUGUCCCGAAAAUCGAGUUGGACAAACCCACAAUUCUCUGGUGGACUGAUUCUUUGUUUCCCCAUGCUCAUCGAGGUCACAUCUCAGAAAUUAACUGUGGAGAGCAUACUUGCCUGUCAACAAGUGAUAAAAAGGUGUUACCAGACCCACUGACAAGAGGCAUUUUAUUCUAUGGAACAGAUUUCAGAACAUAUGAGGCGCCUCUCCCGAGAAAACCGUGGCAUGAAUGGGCACUCCUUCACGAAGAGUCGCCAAUGAACAAUUACGCCUUGGUUCAUGGGAUGAGACUUUUUAACCACACAGCAACUUUCAAAAGAAUAUCAGACUACCCGAUCACAACGCAUUCUCUUACAAAUCUUGAAUAUUUAACUGAAAGAAAACCUGUUCCGAUUGAAGUAAAGAACAGAUUACGAAAAAAUAAAUUUGCGCCAAUUCUCUAUGUGCAGUCUCAUUGUGAUGUGGCAGCAGACAGGGAUAGAUUUGUCAAGGAGCUUAUGAAACAUAUCAAGGUUGAUUCGUAUGGUCAAUGCUUGAACAACAAGAAGAUUCCCGAACAUCUGAGCGAUCCUGUUGAUUCAAUGGAAUCUGAACAGUUUUAUGAUUUCAUCUCAAAAUACAAAUUCCACCUUGCUUUUGAAAAUGCCAUCUGCGAUGACUACAUCACCGAGAAGUUCUUUCGACCAUUUCACGUCGGAUCUGUGCCGAUCUACAAGGGGUCCCCUUCAGCCCAAGAUUGGGCUCCAAGCAAGAAAUCAUUCAUCAAUGUUGACCAAUUUGACUCCCCGGAGCAGCUUGCUUACUUCAUCGAACUCCUAGAUACAAAUGAUGACAUUUACUUAGAUUAUUUAUCAUUCAAGGAAAGAGGUAUCACCAACAAGGCUCUGUUAGUUAACAUGAACGAUCGUGACUUUGCAAUCAAUGAGUGGAAUCGGCACAGCUUCAUCUCAGGAUUUGAGUGUCAUGUUUGCAAGAAAAUAUCUGAGAGGUACAAAGCAGAGCUAGACCCUAGUCGGCCUGCCCCGGAGAAGAAGAUGGGAGAUAACUCUCACAUGGGAUGUCCUCCACCCGAGCCAUCGGUCGGAGACAUUGCAGAUAUACCUGCAAUUGAUGGGAUUCACAAUUGGAUACAAGACUAUUGGGGAAUGAGAGACCAGGUGGUGGCACUGGAGGAAAUGAUCAAAAAUGGUGAAAAAGACUCAUCAAAACUCUUUGAAUUCAUGGAGAAAAUCUAUUAUGACAAUGACAACCAUCAGCCUUGAUGAAGAAAUCUGCCUGGGGAGCAUUUCAUAAAACUAUUAGGCUGUUAUAAACUACUGAAACCCUUGCAUCUGAUUUGCUGAGAGCAAAGUGGUCUGUGAUAUGCACUGACAAUAACCUUCCUGAAAUGCUCCACUGAAGGGUAUGAUUUGUUAGUAUUUAAGUCUAGUGCCUUACCUAUUACACAAACCUUUAUAUUUAAUUGCAAAUAAGUAUAAGCAAAACAAAAUCAUUCCGAUUGAAUGCUGGUAUUAAAGAUUAGAGAUUAUUAAAGACAUUUUGAUAAAUAUUUUAUCAAAAUGUGCAUGUAACAACAAUAUAUAUGCUAUUUUGCAAUUGAUUUUUUAUAGAUAUUUGUGUAAUUGGGCCCUGAAUAAUUUUUAGGGUAGGGCUAAGAAUUGCUGUUCUGUCUUCAUCUUACAGAAAAUUAUGUUCAUGAAUUAGCAUUUUCAACCCCAAAAAGUGCCAUACUAGUAAUGCAAAAAAGUAUGGGGUAUGACCUUAGCAUCCCCCCCCCCACUUAGUUGGCAUAAAAUAUUCAGAGCCAUUUUUAUGACUGAUUGUUUUAUAGACCCAAACUUGUGCUUCUUACAGAGCAUAUAGAUAUCGCAAUGUACAUAGUUAACCAAUAUAGGAGUAAGUACGAAAGCUAAGUGAUAACAUACAUCUAACAUCACCCUUCCCCACUAUUACUUUAAGAAUUUUUAUGCAUCUUAUGCUCAUAUCUUCAUAGGGGUUUCGGGGGCAGAUGUAGUUUUGACUUUAAAUGUAUAACAUGUAUGCCUCAUUUAGGUAAAUGUACAUGUAUAUGAAGUGCAAUUAUAAUAAAGAACAAUAUAUUCACUGUAUUUUUGUAAUACAUUUUCCCCCACUCCAGGUGAGUUUUUGUGGCAUUUCAUCAUUUUUCUUGAAAUAUCUUGUGAUGUAGGUAUGCAAUAUUACUAAAGAAAUCUAUGCUAUUACCAUAUUGUGUUGUUUUUUUGCAUUUUGCGGUAAGGAACACUGCAGUUCAUGUGAUUAUUUUAGUAUUAACAUUCAAACUUUCUACAUACUGGUAUCUUUCAAGUACAUUUGCUCAAAUUCACAAAGGUGUUUUUUAAAACCAUCGGUUGAACCCAUGGUAUAUACAGGCUUCCUCUGUAAAUUACGCUUAAUUUACCAGUAUACUGAAAAGUGUCCGAUAAAGAUGCGCACUUUUGUCACAGUACGCUAUUUUAUUCUGGAGUCUUUUUUUUCAUUAAAGGACAAAUCCACCCUAACAAAAAGUUGAUUUGAAUAAAAAGAGAAAAAUCCAAUAAGCAUAACACUGAAAAUUUCAUCUAAUUCGGAUGUAAAAUAAGAAAGUUAUGACAUUUUAAAGUUUUGCUUAAUUUCACAAAACAGUCAUUUGCACAUCCUGGCUGGUAUGCAAACGAGGAGACUAUUAGGUCAUCCACUCACUAUUUCUUUUGUAUUUUAUUAUGUGAAAUAUAAAAUAUUCUAAUUUUCUCCUCAUUGUCAAGUGAUACAAUGAUUAAUUCCUCCCUGAACAAGUGGAAAUGGCAUUGUUUAAUACUAUAUGUUUCAGUCAAGUUGGCCCUUAUUGUCAAAUCUGUAAAAAACGAAAUAUUGUAUAAUUCGAACAAUAAAAAACAAAAGAAAUAGUGAGUGAUGGACAUCAUCGACUGACUCACCUCGUUGUGCAUAUCACUGUUUUGUGAAAAAUAAGCGAAACUUUAAAAUGUCAUAACUUUCUUAUUUUACAUCUGAUUUUGAUGAAAUUUUCAGCACUAUGCUAGUUUGAUUUUUCUCUAUUUAUUAAAAUCAGCAUUUUGGGGGUGGACUUGACCUUUAAUUAGUCCAUUGUACAAAACAGUACAAAACCACCUUUGUGAAUUUGGGCCAUUAUGAUUUUGUACAUGUACCUUGCAUACAACGCAAAUUGCCAUCAUGGAGGAGAUUUUCCAUUGUAUGGGAGGCCUUUAAUUGCAACAUUCGGAGAGCAAAGUCACUUUUCAAAAGGGCACAUUUUUAUAUUACAGUGAAAUGGGAAACAUGAAAAGGAUGUAUGCAAAAUAACCAACUUAUUGCCAGGGUGAUCUUAUCAUCUUCCCCUGGUAUGAGAUCAUGAUAAUCACUGGGUACAAUAACUCUCCUUUCUCACAUUGGAUAAUUUCAAUUGGUGCUAUUAGAGUGAUGGCUGAGUAAGUAAUAAAGCUAACGUGCUUGCCAAAAUGUUAAAGAACAAAUAAGUGCCUUGAGCAUAAUGUGUAUAUGCAUGUGGUAGAAUUGAUAAUAUUGAAAUUUAUCUUCUUUUUUUUUUCUUUUUUUGUACAGUUUUACCUUUUUGUGUGUAAAUGUAUAAAUGUACAAUUUAUUCCCUUACAUGAAUACUUGGAUGUGAAUUUGUUUUUCUUUUGGAUGUAUAAUGUUCUGGAAACAGUAUACAUGUAUACUUCAUAAUUCCUCUGCAGAGCUGUCAACUCCAUUUAGGCCAGAUAAAGCUGAACUUGGGCCCGUUUUGUGUACGUCAGCAAGGAAUCGGGGUCUACCAUUGUUUGAGUUAAACCCAGUUCAGAAUUCGGGCCACUGGGUUUGCAAAUUGGCAGUGGAAACCUAGUAUUAUUGAGCAAUUAACCAACUUAGAAUUUAUUUCAAAAUUUCACUUCCAUUUUCAUGGGUGUCUAUAAUUUCUCAACCUGUGUUUUGGUGAAUUUUAAAGUCUUCCAAGCAUGUACUGUCUGUGCAAUCCAUAUUACUGUAGCAAAUGAACUGUGUACAUUUUUGUAUGAUGUAAGAGUCAAAGGAACAAUUUUUAUAUGAUCAGUCAACAGUUUUAUUUUUUGUAGUUUUUAUUAUGGUUUCAUAUAAAAUUGACAGCAAUGCCCAUUAUUAGAGCAAAAAUAGUGAAAUGGCUUUGAUGCUAUGUAACUGAGCAUACCAUUAUUUUUUAAUAUUCCUUUAUUGGAUCUUAAUUUUUGCCUGCCCAAUAUUGGAACUUGCUCCGUCGUUACGCUCAGAAGCCUAAAAUUUGAGCACUUAAUUUUGAAGAAAAUCAUGCUUUUUAGUUUUGUUUAUUCGGGCUGAGCGAUAGUUUCAUAACUUUUAAGUUAUUUAGUUUCUUACCUAUGGAGUGUAGUAAUAAAAUGCAAAAGCAAAAUGAAA